AUGAGAGUGAUGAAAGCCUGUAGCAGUGACUCCAGCAGCAGCUCGAGCGACGAGUCCCCGGCGCGCUCGGUGCAGUCGACAGCCGUCCCCGCGCCCGCGUCCCAGCUGCUGCCGUCGCUGGAGAAGGAUGAGCCUCGGAAGAGUUUUGGGAUCAAGGUGCAAAAUCUUCCAGUGCGCUCAACAGAUACAAGCCUUAAAGAUGGACUUUUCCACGAAUUCAAGAAGUACGGGAAGGUGACGUCGGUGCAGAUCCACGGCGCCUCUGAGGAGCGCUAUGGCCUCGUGUUCUUCCGGCAGCAGGAGGACCAGGAGAAAGCACUAAAUGCCUCCAAAGGAAAGCUUUUCUUUGGCAUGCAGAUUGAAGUCACAGCCUGGAUAGGACCAGAAACCGAAAGUGAGAAUGAAUUUCGUCCUUUGGAUGAAAGGAUAGAUGAGUUUCACCCAAAGGCAACGAGAACUCUGUUCAUUGGCAACCUGGAGAAAACAACCACCUACCACGACCUUCGCAACAUCUUCCAGCGCUUUGGGGGAAUAGUGGACAUUGACAUUAAGAAGGUGAACGGUGUCCCUCAGUACGCGUUCCUGCAGUACUGUGACAUCGCCAGCGUUUGCAAAGCCAUUAAGAAGAUGGAUGGGGAAUAUCUUGGAAAUAACCGGCUCAAGCUGGGUUUUGGGAAGAGCAUGCCUACAAACUGCGUGUGGUUAGAUGGGCUUUCCACAAACGUUACGGAUCAGUAUCUGACCCGACAUUUCUGCCGAUACGGGCCUGUGGUGAAGGUGGUGUUUGACCGCUUAAAAGGCAUGGCCCUGGUUCUCUACAAUGAGAUUGAAUAUGCACAAGCAGCUGUAAAAGAGACCAAGGGGAGGAAAAUCGGUGGGAAUAAAAUUAAGGUGGACUUUGCAAAUCGCGAGAGUCAGUCGGCAUUUUAUCAUUCCAUGGAGAAAACAGGUCAAGAUAUCAGAGACUUCUACGAAAUUCUGGCAGAAAGAAGAGACGAGCGCAGAGGAUCCUACGAAUACGCCCCUGACCGUACUUACUACGAGACCGUUCGGACCCCAGGGACGUAUCCCGAAGAUCCUCGGCGGGAAUACCCAGCUCGGGGCAGGGAGUUCUACGCCGAGUGGGAUCCCUACCAAGGAGACUACUACGACCCACGAUACUACGACGACCCUCGCGAGUACCGGGAUUACCGGGGAGAUCCCUACGAGCAGGACAUCAGGGAGUACAGCUACAGGCAGCGGGAGAGGGAGAGGGAGAGGGAGCGCUUCGAAUCCGAUCGGGACAGAGACCACGAGCGGAGGCCGAUCGAGCGCAGCCAGAGCCCGACCCAUUCCCGGCGCCCGCAGAGCCCCGGAGCGUCCCCCUCCCAGUCAGAACGGCUGCAGAGUGACUCAGAGAGGAGGAUUUACAGCAGGUCCUCAGAUCGCAGUGGUAGCUGCAGCUCACUGUCCCCUCCGCGAUACGACAAGCUUGACAAAGCCCGUGUGGAGCGAUACGCGAAAAACGAGAAAGUGGAGAAGGAGCGCGGUUUUGAGCAGGAGAGGGUGGACAAGGAGAAGCGCUUGGUGAGGAAGGAAAAGCUGGAAAAAAUAGAAAAGGAGAAAACAGAUAAGCAGAAACGAAAAGCAAAAAUCCAUUCGCCCAGCUCUCAGUCCUCAGAAACAGAUCAGGAGAAUGAGAGAGAGCCCAGCCCAGAAAAACUGAAGGGCAACAGUAAACAAAGCAAAGAGAGGAGUGACAAAGAAGGGACAGCAAAGAACCGCCUGGAACUGAUGCCCUGUGUUGUGCUGACCCGUGUGAAGGAAAAGGAGGGGAAGGUGAUCGAUCAGCCUGCACUGGAGAAACUGAGGGCAAAGCUAGAUAAUGACACUCUGAAAUCCCCACUGCUUGAACAGAAAACCCAGACAUCCCAGGCUGAACAAGCCAAGUCUGAGCAGUCUAAACUAGAACCUGUCAGAACUAAGGUACAGAAGGAGAAAGCCCUUGCCAGUCACAUCGAAGUGGUGGAUAAGGAGGGAAAAGUGAAACCCAAAAAGCACUUGAAGACAGAACAAACUUCUGAGGGGGCGAAUGCAGUUGAUUUAGACAAGUUGGAGGCUCGUAAAAGGCGUUUUGCUGAUGCAAAUCCAAAAUCCGACAGGCAAAAACUGGAUGUAAAACGGAGCAGCCAAGAUGAGGAGGAUGCACGCAUGGUUCUGAAAAAGCAGCUUGAUGCCACAGCAUCGUCUAGAGAAGCACCAGUGUUAAGGGAAGGAGAACUGGAGAGAAAACCCCUGAGGAAGGAGAUGCUUAAAAGGGAAUCUAAAAAACUCAAACUGGAAAGACUUAUUCCUGUUACUAGUCCCAAAGAAGUUCAGGACACUCUUAAUGUUGGUGGGGUUGGCAUGCAUCCCACCCUGGAUCUGCAGGUGAGGCUCAUGGAGGCACCCGAUGAACCUGCGGAAGUUCAGGAACACCCUCCUAAAAAGCCAAACCCGGUAAAACCCCAGCAUAAACAGGUACAGCUGCUGGAUGAGCAGGGAACGGAGAGAGAGGAUGCAAGGAAGAACUACUCUGGCCUUCCUGAAGAAGCACCAGACCAUAAACUUGGCCAGGAGAAACCUGCCUCGGCUGACACGGAGGAGAAAAUCAGCAUUGACAUUGACCACACACAGAGCUACCGGAAACAAAUGGAGCAAAGCCGCAGGUUGAAACAGCAGCUGGAAAUGGAGAUAGCAAAGUCAGAGAAGUUUGGCAGUCCAAAGAAAGAUGUGGAUGAAUAUGAAAAGCGGAGUCUGGUUCACGAGGUAGGAAAGCCUCCGCAAGACGUCACCGAUGACUCUCCACCAAGUAAAAGAAAAAAGACUGACCAGUUUGACUUUGAAAUUAGCACUAAGAGAGAAAGGAACUAUAGAAGUUCUCGUCAGGUGAGUGAGGACUCUGAAAGGACGUCCUGUUCCCCAAGCAUCAGGCACUUCCCCUUCCAUGAGGAUGACGACACACUUGAUUCUCCAAGGAUAAUGCCAUUGAAGGAAACCAAAGAAUCACCUAAAAUAGAAGAAAAGAGUCUUUCAUACUCCAACAUGACUGUGAGGGAGGACUCGCUGAAAUUCAAUCCUUAUGAUUCCAGCAGAAGGGAGCAGAUGGCAGAAAUGGCUAAAAUAAAACUCUCUGUGCUGAGUUCUGAGGAAGACUCGAGUAGGUGGGAAACCCAAGUGAAGCAAGAGCCUGGGAGAGUCGAUAUCAGCUUUCCAAGCAGCAUUGUGAAAAGAGACAGCAUACGGAAACGGUCUGUCCGAGACCUGGAACCCGGGGAGGUGCCUUCGGAUUCGGAUGACGAUGGCGAAAAUAAGCCCCAUUCCCCAAAAGCCUCAUCUUUGUUAGAGAGUUCCAGAUUGUCUUUUUUAUUAAGGGACAGAGAAGAGAAGUUCCGUGAAAGAGAGGAAAGACUCCAGUCCAGUUCCUUAGAAAGAAACAAAUUCUACUCUUUUGCAUUGGACAAGACAAUCACACCUGACACAAAGGCCUUGCUUGAAAGGGCUAAAUCCCUCUCUUCCUCCAGAGAGGAAAAUUGGUCCUUUCUAGACUGGGAUUCAAGAUUUGCUAGUUUCAGAAACAAUAAAGACAAAGAGAAAGUUGACUCGGCUCCAAGACCUAUUCCAUCCUGGUAUAUGAAAAAGAAAAAAAUCAGAACCGAUUCCGAAGGUGGAAAGCUGGAUGAUAAGAAAGAAGAUCAUAAAGAGGAGGAACAAGAGCGGCAGGAGCUGUUUGCUUCUCGGUUUUUGCACAGUUCAAUCUUUGAACAGGACUCCAAACGCCUGCAGCAUUUAGAAAGGAAGGAUGAUGAUCUGGACUUCAUCUCUGGAAGGUUGUAUGGGAGACAGUCCUCCUCUGAUGGGACAAACAGCACAGCUGAUCUGGUGCAAGAGCCAGUGGUUCUCUUCCACAGUAGGUUUGUUGAGCUGACACGAAUGCAGCAGAAAGAAAAGGAGAAAGAUCAGAAACCAAAAGAGGUGGAGAAACAGGAAGAUAAAGAAAACAGGCCAAAAACACCAGAAAUGGUUCCUGAUAGUAAAGAAACAGAGCAUAAACCUUCCUCAAUUGUUGGUCCCUCUUCAGUCACCAUCCUCCCACAGGAACCAGCUCCCAUCGCUCCUGAGAAAAUAGUGAGUGAAAAAGUCGUGGUGGAACCAGCUUCUGUCAAAGAAGAGAAACCUUCUGAACCUGUUGCUGCUGCAGAGGAGCAAAAACCUUUCUCUGAACUUGCUGCACCUAUCAAAAUGGAACCUCCUGAGCAGGCGGAACCUCUGCCAGCUGUAGAAGCAAGUAAAGAAAUUGUUGCUACAACCGUGGCACCAGAGGAAGAUGCUGUGGCAACAGAGCAUCCUUCAUACUUGGAUACCAAACCUCCCACUCCUGGGGCCUCGUUUUCUGAUGCAGACAUCAAUGUAGAUCCAGAACCUGAGGCUGCCCAGCUGCUUCCACCUCCGCCCAAGCUAGUUCAAAAGUCAGAUGAGGCUGCAGAACCUAAAGAGGAAAAUCCUCCACCCUCUGCCAACACUGAUGCUGCUGUGAGUCAAAAGGUGGAGGCGGCUGCUGAGGUCUUGCCACCUGUUUCUGACAAUGAUGUGGAAGUGGAACCUCCGGUUGUUGUAAAAGAUAAAAAGUCCUACAAAAGUAAACGGUCCAAGACUCCUGUGCAGUCAGCUGCAGCUAAUGUCAUGGAAAAGCCCGUCACGAGGAAGAGUGAAAGAAUUGACCGUGAAAAACUGAAAAGGUCGAGCUCUCCUCGUGGGGAGACUCAGAAGCUUUCCGAAUUGAAAGUGGAGGCAGAAAAAGUUUCAAGGAAUGCUGCUAAAUCACCAAGUUCUGCUGCAGAGCCGGAAAAUGUGGAGCUGAGCUUGCCAAUAGGCCGGACCAGGCGCAGAAAUGUGAGGUCGGUCUAUGCUACCACAGGGGACAAUGAAGGCCCAUCUCCGGUGAAGGACUCCAUGGAGGUCACUAGAUCCACCAGGAAGAGAGUGGAAAAGGAACCACAGGAAACAGUGACAACUGUUCCCACAACUCCGAGGAGGGGAAGACCUCCCAAAACGCGCCGUAAGCCAGAGGAGGACAUCUCUCCAAUCAAGACUGAACCGGUACAACAAGAGGUGGAGGAGGCUGAAACUAAAGAUAGUGUGGAAGCUCCUAAACCUGCAGAGGGUUGGAGGUCACCUAGAUCCCAGAAGCUCACACACACUCACUUAUCAGCUGCUACCAGCCAGCAGGGGAAGAAAGGGAAGAAUGAGCCAAAAGCUGAUACCACAGCUGAAUCUGAAGAUGCUGCUGAAAGAAGCGGUCAGGAAUCGAGCAUCAGUGACAGCAGCAGUAAAGCAAAAGCCACUGAGAAAGAGCCAGCAGCCAGUGAGCAGAAACGUGACCGGAAGGAACUGGAUGUGGAGAAAAAUCAGUUAGAAAUCCCCGCAGUUGAGAUCAUUGAGAAGAAGCCAGUGCCAGAAAAAGUUACGAAAUCCAAAAGGGGAAGGUACAAAAAUACCAAAACUGUUGUUGACAAGGCAUCCGUGUGUCUCAAAAAUGUAGAAAUACGGCUCAACGUCGAUGAAGUCAAGGGCGCCUUGCGGCCCACUGAAGAGGAGGCAGAGCCAGUGGCGGUGUCACCACCCAAGAUGAAGAGCCCUCCAAAAGAGGACAUCCUGCCACCCCACUUCUCUAAGAAUGAGGUAGAAGAUUCAUUCCCAGAAAUGGAAAAGGAGGUGACACGGGAGCCCAAGCAGUCGCCUGAAGCUGCCCAGUUAGCAAAGCAGAUUGAGCUCGAGCAGGCCGUGGAGAACAUUGCAAAGCUCACUGAAACUCCUCCAACAAUUGCUGCCUACAAAGAACCAGCAGCAGAUGUGGCUGAAGUCCGUCAGGAGGAGGAGGCAGAUAAACCUGCACACCAGGCCAGUGAAACGGAGCUGGCAGCAGCCAUUGGCUCCAUCAUCAAUGAUAUUUCUGGGGAGACAGAAAGCUUCCCCGCACCACCAACAUAUCCUGCUGAAUCUGAGGCUGAAAUCCCCGCAGAGCCCUUGGUGUUGCAGUCCCCUCGGGAGGAGAUGGAGCCUGAGACAGAUCAGGCAGUGAACAAUAUCCUAGAAACUGAGGCUGCCGUCGAGCCUGUGGUGCAGCCGGUGCCCGGCUCUGUCCCGCUGGCGUUGGAGACUGAGAGCAAGGAGUCUGAAGUCAGCUUCAGCGAAUCUUCCAACUCUGCGCAGGAGGCAGAGACCUUGCAGGAGGCUGAAGUUGCACGGAAGGAAAAGGGCCGCCAGAAAACCACGCGGCAGAGACGCAAGAAGAGCACGAGCAGAAAGGGCGACACAACUGAGGUCAACACCUUCGAGCCAGAGAGGGUGCAGAGCAAAUCACCCCCUGCCAACGAAGUAAAGACAAAACCUGAAGAGGCCUCAAAGGAGGAAAAGCAGAUCAAACCUACAGCAUCCAUGGAACCAAGUGCUUCUGAUGCCACCAAGGCUGGGGCUGCUGACGUUGUGGCUGUACACGAGGCUGUCCCUGAGAGCAGCACCUCUCCAAAGGUGCCUGCUCCAGCUCCCCUGGACCUGGGUGCCCCGCCGGUACCCCUCGACGAGGGGAGUCAGAGCGGGUUCAAGAUCCGGUCGCCCCUGGAGAAUGCUCCCAUCACACCGCCGAGUGCCCCGAGUGCAGCCCUUCCUGCUGUCCCCACAGCAGCGGCCAAGCUGCCCCUUCCCGUGCCCACCGCCAUCGUCCCCCUUCAUUCUGGCGCUGCCAAGGUGCCGGAGUGGAUGGUGAGGCACGAGGAGCCCCGUGCCCGUUCCACACCCCCACCUGCUCUCCCACCGGACACAAAGGCAUCGGAUAUUGACACAAACUCCAGCACUUUGAGGAAGAUACUCAUGGAGCCCAAAUACGUCUCAGCAACGAGCAUAACCUCCACGCACGUGACGACGACGCACGCGGAGCCGGUGAGCGCGCCGUGCCUGGAGGAGGCACCUCCCCACCCUGCCGUGGAGGCCAUCAAGCCGGUUUCCGAGGAGAAGCCGGCUGUUCCUGUCACCAACGCCCUGGAGCCACCGGUGGCUGAAGCACCAGUGUUCAGUGAGAAGGAAAAGAUCAACACCAUGAUUGCUCCCAAAGCCACUUCUGUCAUCAGCAGGAUGCCCCACAGCGUGGAUCUGGAGGAGGCGCCAAGGAUCACCUUGGUGAAACAAGCUCCCCAAACUCAGACCUGCCUCGUCAACGCUCCCUCGCCAAAAUUUAAGCAGAGGUCAAGUACAAAUGAUAACAGCAGGUUUCAUCCAGGAUCAAUGUCUAUUAUUGAGGAGAGGCCUGUGGAAACUGGAUCCAGUCCAGGGCUGCGGGUGAACACCUCGGAAGGUGUGGUGCUCCUGAGUUAUUCAGGGCAGAAGACAGAAGGCCCUCAGCGAAUCAGUGCCAAGAUCAGCCAGAUUCCCCCAGCUAGCGCCGUGGACAUUGAGUUCCAGCAGUCUGUAUCCAAGUCUCAGAUUAAACAGGAGCCUCUCACACCAUCCCAGCCGGCACCAAAAGGCUCCCAGACCACGGCUGGCUAUGGGACCGUUUCCACCCAUUCUCCCUUGGUACUCGGAACACAGCCCUACAACACCUCGCCCGUCAUCUCCUCCGUCAAACAGGAGCGCACUGCGCUGGACAAGCCCGACUCGUCCCACCUCGCAGUCCAGACCCCGGCGUCUCAGCCCGGCAAGGUCCUGACUCAGACCGUAAACACUCCACCCGUGCUGGUCCAUAACCAGAUGGUCGUGAACAAAAAAAUGUCUGACCCAGCUGCUCUGAAAGUGGAGACCAAGACUCUGCAACCCUCCAACCUGAGUCCUGGAGUUAGCCCUCACCACCCUUCCAUCUCUGGGAAGAUGCACUCGGAAGCGAACCACGUCAGCUCGGGCCCCAGCACCCCGACCGACCGGGCCAUCUCCCACCUGGGGGUCAGCAAACAGGAGCCGCACUCGCCGCGCACCAGCGGGCACUCCCCGUCACCGUUCCCCCGGGCCUGCCAUCCCGGCAGUACCUCGUCUCCAGCUCUGUCCAGCAACACCCCGGUCAUGCUGGCGCCGGGAAUUCCCGUUCCUCAGUACAUAUCCAGCAUGCAUCCUGAGCAAUCUGUUAUCAUGCCCCCCCACAGCGUAACACAGACUGUGUCCCUGGGCCAUCUGUCCCAAGGUGAGGUGAGGAUGAACACACCUCCUCUCGCCGGCAUUCCCUACGGCAUCCGCCCGGAAGCGCUCCACUCCCCCCGAGCUGCCCUGCAACCCCAGAUGGAGAUCAAAACCCAGCGAUCCAGCACGCCCCAGCCAGCGCCCAUCCGAGACAUCGUCAUGCCCCCGCUGUCCUCCCAGCAUUCCCCCGAGGAGGACCUGCACUUCCACCACACCACGGUGUGCCGCGGGCCCGCCCCGGUGCAGUCGGACGUGCUGGUGAUGCAGCCUGACUACCGCAUGCACCCCAGCAGCCUGCGGCUGGACCAGUACAACGUCCCACGGGACGUCAGGAUGAUCAUGCACCCACACAUGGCCGCCGUGGGCGAGCACCACUCGGAAACGCGACAAUCCCGGACGCCCGAAGGCGCCGUCAAAACUCCCCCGGUCAGUAAGACCCCGCAGCCUGGGAAAGAGACUCCCAAAGCCUCAGAAGGCAAGAUGGCCCACUCUCCCCACAGCGAGCCCCGGCUGCUCAGCGUGCCCUCGGGCAGCCAGCUGCCCGGGCUGCCCCUGACGCAGCCCGUGGUGGUCCCACACGGGGUGCAGAUCAUGCAUCCUGCCGGGAGCUCCUUCCACGAUUACCGCUCCGUGUACGGCGACAUGAGGAAUUACCACACGGCACAGCUUGGGCACCCGCAGUUCCCAGGCGCCUCGCCCAUCGGGCUGCCCUCCCGGAGCAUGACCCCCUCUCAGGGUCUGCCGGAGGGCGAGCACUCGCACCCCAGCCAGCCAGUCCGCAGCAAGACCCCUCAGAUCCCGCAGGAUCCCAAGGGCCCGGCGGCAGCAGGGCCGGAGCAGAGUCACCACGCCGCUGUGAACAGGCACACGGCACAGAUGGACCCGCACGUCCACCUGCAGAGGGCACAGGGGGACUCGAGCCAGACCUCCUACCCCUCACCCGUGGCCAUCUCCAUGAAGCAGGAGCUCCCGUCGCCGCACCAGCCGCAGGCAGUUCCCAAGCAAUCCAUGUUCAUCCCCACGACCUCGGGGGCGCCCCUCGGCCGCCUGGAGCCCCAGUCCACGCUCAAGCAGGAGCCAUCCCCUCACCCCGUGUCCCAGAGACCAGUGGACAUGGUCCAGCUCCUAACAAAAUACCCCAUUGUCUGGCAGGGUCUCCUGGCUCUCAAGAACGACACGGCGGCCGUGCAGCUGCACUUCGUGUCCGGGAACAACGUGCUGGCGCACCGGUCGCUGCCGGCGCCCGAGGGGGGGCCCCCGCUGCGGAUCGCGCAGCGCAUGCGGCUCGAGGCCUCCCAGCUGGAGGGGGUGGCACGGAGAAUGAUGGUGAGGGACUCUGGAAUCCCUGGGCUCAGAGCCGGGCUGGUCGCACCAGCUGCGGAGCUGAAACCACCAGUGCUCCCAGAAGCCUGGGCUCCCCAGGGAACG